CAUAGAGUUCGAUAAACUGUUCUAAGGAUUCAGUUACAAAAAUGUACUCAACAUAAGGCUGUGAUUAAAAAUAAAUUUAAAACUAGAUAUCUAAUUGGAAAUUAGAUUAAUUUACAAGCUAAUUAAACUUCUUUUACAUGACAAAAACAUUCUAAUUUAUGGAAAAUAAAUUGAACAGCAAGAAGUUUUCUGAAUGUGGUGGUGGGGUUUGAAGACAGAUAAUGUUAAGCAAGCAUGUCUGACCCUCUAUUCUCAGUCAAUGACAUGAUUUGCAAUAGAAAAUGUUGACAAGAAAGAAGAGAAUACAUAAAAAUUAGAAAAAGGGUAUGUUGUUGAAACCUUCCCUACCAAUACCAUUGUGUUCAUGUUGAAUAAUAGCAUUCCCCAACACCUUAUUAUCACCAACUCACGCUAUAGGAAUCAUGAAAGCUGACAAAUAUUAGAAAUAUAGGAAAUUGAAGAAAGAAAGAAAAAAACUUGCAUACCCUUUUGAUACUUUUGGCAAAUAAAAUAAGUAACUCUACCUAAGAGAAGAAUUCCACUCUUUUAAAAGGGCUUCAUUUUCAUUCCACCUCAAGCCUCCACCACAAUUACUCAUUCAUGAAAAUGGCAAACUUAUUAGUCAUCUCAUUUAUGCUUUGUCUAGGUAUGUUAUCUACUACUAUCUACAAUGUGAAACUCAUUGCUUGUGCAAGUUCCAAUGGAAUAUCAACAAGGUUCUAUGAUUUCAAGGUACAAACUAAAAGAGUUACCAAACUUUGUAACACCAAGGAUAUUGUCACAAUCAAUGGCAAGUUUCCAGGACCUGUAGUUUAUGCACAAGAAGAUGAUAGAAUCAUAGUCAAAGUUACCAAUAAGACACCCUUCAAUAUCACAAUUCACUGGCAUGGUAUCCGGCAACAGUUAUCGUGUUGGUACGAUGGGCCGUCCUAUAUCACGCAGUGCCCGAUUCAAUCAGGACAAAGUUUCACCUAUAAUUUUACAGUGGCAAAGCAGAAGGGGACCUUCUUUUGGCAUGCACAUGUUUCUUGGCUAAGAGGCACAGCUUAUGGUGCAAUGGUUGUUUAUCCUAAGGCCAAUGUUCAUUACCCUUUUAAGAAUCCGUAUCAAGAGCACAUAAUCUUAUUAGGAGAAUAUUGGAUAAAGGAUCUCCAAGAAAUUGAGCAUUCAACUCUAGCAAGUGGAGGAGCUCCUCCUAGAGCAGAUGCAUUCACCAUUAAUGGUCAUCCAGGCCCCAACUAUAAUUGCUCCACUAAUGAUGUCUAUCAACUUGAUGUGGUUCCUAGGAAGACAUAUUUGUUGAGGCUGAUCAAUGCUGGUUUAAACACUGAGAAUUUCUUUGCCAUUGCAAAUCACAAACUAACAAUUGUGGAAGCCGAUGCUGAGUACACGAAGCCGUUCACCACGGACACGGUGAUGUUAGGACCAGGCCAAACAUUGAAUGUCCUUGUCACUGCUGAUCAACCCGUAGGGAAAUACUCCAUGGCUGUGGCGCCUUACAAAUCAGGAAGGAUUGUUCAUUAUCAAAACGUUUCAGCAAUUGCUUGCUUCAACUAUUUAGGAGCUGCAUCUGAUAGCUUAUAUUUGCCAGCUAAAUUACCCAAACUCGACGACAAACUUGCCGUUAAGACAGUCAUGGAUGGAUUAAGGAGCCUAAACCAAGUCGAUGUCUUCAAAGAAAUUGAUAAAAACCUAUUCAUCACCAUUGGAUUGAAUGUUCAAAAAUGCCAUUCAAAGACACCGAAGAAGAACUGCCAAGCCAUGAAUAAUGGGGUGCUGGCAGCUUCGAUGAACAACAUAAGUUUUGUUAAUCCGAAUAUUUCAAUCCUGGAAGCAUACUAUAAGAAUAAAAAAGGAUCAUAUACCGAAGAUUUUCCUGACAGACCAUCUAAGUUCUACAACUUUGUCAAUGGCGCACCUAAUAACAUUCCACAUGACACACAGUCAUUGAAUGGGACUAGAACAAAGGUCCUUGAGUAUGGUAGCAAGGUGCAACUCAUUUUCCAGGACACUGGAACAGUAAACAUUGAGAACCACCCAAUGCAUUUCCAUGGCCACAGUUUCUAUGUUGUAGGCUAUGGUACAGGAAAUUAUAACCCUCAAACUGCGAAAUUCAACUUAGUCGAUCCUCCAUACAUGAGCACGAUUGGAGUUCCGGUUGGUGGAUGGGCAGCAAUUCGCUUUGUCGCCAAUAAUCCAGGCGUCUGGUAUAUGCAUUGCCACAUUGAUAUACACCAAUCAUGGGGGCUAGGCAUGGUAUUUAUAGUUUACAACGGAAAAGGGGAAUCCGAGUCCCUACCUUCUCCUCCACUUUUUUUCUCAUUCAGCAUUAAACUUUUCAGAACCUUUACAGGCACAAAUGCUGAUCUAUUGUAUGUUGUAUGA